GCCCCGUUGAGAGCGAAGGAGCGAGCACACGCGAGUGGACCGAGCGAGAGCUUAAACCUCGACGAUAUUAUUUUGUACGCUGGACAGAGCGACGCGGCAAUGAAGGCCUUCAUCAUACUGGCAUUGACGGGGAUGGCGAUGGCCCGACCGGAACCACCCUCCUCGUACUUCCCCUCGGUAGCCGACACCAGCGGCGGAAACUACCCCCAGUCGACCUACGGAGUGCCCCAACAAGCACCCGUGAUCCACAAGCACGUGUACGUACACGUACCACCGCCCGAGGCACCCGAGUACAAGGCCCCCAAAUACAUCGCCCCCGCUGCCCCGCCCCAGAAGCACUACAAGAUCGUCUUCAUUAAGGCCCCGACUCCACCAACACCAACUGCCCCAGUACUGCCACCGCUGCCCCAACCCGACGAGGAGAAGACCCUCAUCUAUGUUUUGGUGAAGAAGCCCGAAGAGCAGCCUGACGUCGUAAUACCGACUCAAGCACCCACCCAGCCAAGCAAACCCGAGGUUUACUUUAUCCGUUACAAGACCCAGAAGGAGCAAUCCGCAGCAUACGGACCCCCUAGCGCUACUCCUGGUACACCGAUCGAUAAUUACGGGCCUCCAAGCGAUGGCCCUUACUAAAUCAGCCGCCGACCAACAAGAGUCUUCGAUUCUAAGCGUCAUUAAUGAAUCAUCUAAAACGUUGUUCGAGCCCGCAGCUUAUAUAACGGGUAUUCGAUUGUCUUUGAAUAGUCGGUGCAAGCUUUCUUCGCGUAACAGUGUUAAACAAUACUCUGUAAUGUUUCACCAUUUUACCAUGUCCCAUGAAAAAUAACAUCGUAUGAAAAAGGAAAAGAAUCUCGUGGAUAGUAUUCGGAUGCGACCGAAUCGUUGAAAUGAUAUCACUAUCAUCAAUGUCAAUCUAUCGUCGAUGCAAAAUUAGUAUCUGUGCAUAAAGGGCCCACUGUCCCAACUUUCUUUCGCUGCCUAAAAUGUGUCGCCCAGCAUAAUCGCAAAGUGUCCGUUAAGAAUUGUGCUGGUUUGCCGACUGAUUGCGAAUCCUUGUUUUUUUUACUCUGAUGUGCUU